AAGUAUUGGAACUUCGUAAAGAGGAAGGAGAAGAUUUUGUCUAUUUGAUAUUAGACUUGUGUGAACAAACUUUGACAAGUUUUGUUGAGUCUACUAGUUUAGAUACACUUCAAGAAACCCUUCCCGAAAUGCUUAGACAAAUUUUAAAUGGAUUAUCUGAUCUUCAUAAUGGUCCAAAUUCUAUUCUUCAUCGGGAUUUAAAGCCUUCUAAUGUUCUUCAAGACGUGAAAGGCAAAUUUAUGAUAGCUGACUUUGGCCUUAGUCGAAUAUUGAAAAGUAAAUCAACACAUCAAAGCAGUCCUGGUACAGGCAGUUAUGGUUGGUCCGCUCCUGAAUGCUUGGGUGAUGGUCGUUACAAGAAAGAGUCUGAUAUAAUGAGUUUAGGAAUGGUGGCUUAUUAUGUUGCAACAAAAGGGGAACAUGCUUUUGGAACUGAAGAGAAUAGAUUGAAAAACUUAAUAAAUGGAAACCCUGUUGGCUUAAAAAAAAUCGAUGAUGCUCAACUUGAAGAUCUUCUUUCAUGGAUGCUACAGUAUGAGCCUGAACUCAGGCCAUCAGCCAACGUGGCGUUAAAACAUCCUUAUCUACAAUCCAAUGAGGAAAAGUUUGACAUGCUGUGUGAUGUUGGAAACCAACCGGAGAUAAAACAACCAAUAUGUCGAAAUUCAGAUGUUCGUAAGCAGUUGGACUGUCCCACAGAAUGGAUGAAUUGUAUCGAUGAUGAAGUUUUGAAAGAUUUAACAACAUAUGAAGUAAACAACAAAAAAAGGACUGUAACCUACGAGUCUUCAUGGGCAAGUUGUUUGAGAUUCAUACGUAACGUUGAUCAGCACUGGCAUGAUAAAUCUCGUUCACGUCUAUGGCCAUAUAUCAAGGAAGGCAACUAUAAAGAGUAUUUCGUGCAACGUUUUCCCGAACUUCCUCUACUGGUGUACAAAAAUUAUUAGAUCGACUGACUGGAAAACAAGACCUGAUCUCAAAAAACAUUUUACCUAUUCUAAAUAUUAUAUGGAAAUUGAAGAAGUUAGUGGAAAGAAAAGCAAAGACGUCAUGGACAAUCUUGAUCUUGACGCUUCUGAAGAAAAGAAAUCUUUGCUAUAUCUACUAAAUGAUAAUGACAGUGAUGCUGAUAUUGGUAUAACGUCUUCUACAUCAGGACCUAAAAAGAUUCAGUGGCAACAUGAUGAGAAGAAAGGACGUCGUCGUAAAGCCUUGCAGGAAAAAGAUGUGCCAUUGGAAAAGCAUCAACGCUUGAAGAAAGAAUUGAUGGAAAGAAAGAUGGAACGAUAUAAAGAAGCACAAAAUUAUCAUGGAAAGGUUUCCUUGUCGGAUUUUCGAAAUUAUGAAAAGCUUACAACUUAGAAACGCAAGGCUGAACUUGAUGUCGCCUUCCUUAAAGAUUGCAAUUCACUUGGAGUUUUUCCAAAGUUCCUUUGUUUUCCACUGCCUAAUGUUGACAAUCGAGAUACAUACCACAUUCGAAAGCGUUUACUACGAACUGCGAUAACGAAGAGAUCUAAAGAACUACGGACACUGGAUAGGGACCUGACGAACAAAACAGAAGAAAUCAAAAGCUUUCUUAACCCAAUUGACUGGCAUAUCUUGAAUAAAGCCCUCAAAAAGAAUGUCGACAAACAACUAAACAAAA